CCUUGUGCUCCUCGCCUCAAAGUCGACUACUUUGCGCUCAAGAUGUACCUCAAAUCGUGUAUUUUUGUGGCCUCAUCACUCAUGCUCUUGCACGUCGUAUCGGCGGUAACGCUUAAGGACUUGCAGGAUCGUUUACCCUCGGCAUGUACUGGUGCAAGUCCAGAAUCGCACCAAAGGUGUCAGAAAUUGUACAAGGAUUACAAGGAAUUGGCGAAAACAGACCAGUACAAGCGUGUAGCGGAUAAAAAGUGCGGGCGCUUGGACAACGUUCAGUGUUACAGACCUGAGGCAUCAACCGCAAAUACCCCCCAGUCGAGAAUCUACACGUGCGCUGGGAAUCCAUUAAAGGGGGGAGUUCUCAAGGAGACCAACCUAGAGGAGAAAAUACCAAUAAAACAGUGCAUAGAUAAAUUAGCAGGAACAGGUGGCUCAGGUAGCGCAGACCCAGGUAAUGCAGGUAAACCAAAGUAAAAACCUAAGUCAUGCUCAGUUAUAUUCGCUGCAGCAGGAGUACGUCAGCCGCGCUCAGUGGAUCGAGUAAAUGCGAGAGGUCGGACAAAAUUUGGAAACUUUAAAAGCUCAUAACUCCGUUUUCACAAAAUUUUGAGGCCUUAAACUUGGUCCCAUUGAUUUUCUCGUAAAAUAUACACCCGUAAAAUUUAAAAUUUGACGAAAUAAACAUCAAAAUUAGCAUUUCAAGUCGAAAAUUUCGUGUCGGACCUCUAAUUGAGUCGAACCACUGUGCGGCGGCCAGAAGCUCCUCCAUUGCAACUUUCACUGCGUGAAGCUUAUGAACUCUAGAAAGGACGGAUUUCCUCCGCUGUAAAAUUAAUUUUUUGGGAAGUAUUAUUUACUAUUUCUGAAACCGAUGUAUAUCUAUUUUUUCCGUUUUUUUUUUGUAUUAAGAUAUUGAAUAAAUCAUAUUUGAAUUUCCGCAA